AGGAGGAUAAGUCGGCCGCAUGCGAGACCGAGACGGGCACCGGGGCCGGGCCCAGCCGGGCCGGGCCCGGGACUCCGCGGCACGUGCCGACCACGCCCCGCGGCGUGGUGGCGCCGCGCGCCCCGUGCGUCGUCGAGGGCAGCGCGCCGUCCACGCCCCGCUUCGUGGUGUCACCGUGCACUCUGCGGAACGUCGAGGACUGCUCCCCGCACGUCGACCACGAGGAAGCGCUGGGGCGCGCGGCCUCUCCAAUACUGCUGACGUCGAGGGGCCAGCGCCAGUCCGCGGCGGGCGGUCUCGCCGCCGGCUACCCGGACGGCGGCGCGGGGGCCUCCACGAGCGCGCGCGGCGUCCCCGGCGCCCAGGAG